AUGGAAAAUCUAACAAACACCACUGAAUUAAAAAUCAAUGAUCUUACUAUCCCAACAAACGAAGAAGCAGAAACCAAACAACGAAAUGAAGAAUAUGGUAUUAACAUCACCCAACAAGAAGAGGUAUUGGGAUUAGUAAAUCAACCUGAUGAAUCUGAAAAUCAAGAUCGAGAUGAAGAAAGUAAUGAGGAUAGUGAUGAAGUCAAAGAAGUGAAAAGUCAUGGAGAGGAAAUGGCAGAUAAAGCAAUUUGGAGGAUAAUUUUUAUUAUAUCACCAAUUACUUUAAUUCUUCUUAUUCUUGGUAUCGUUGGAUUAGUAGUCACGACAUACCUUCUUCAGAAGAAUUAA